AUGACGAGAUGGGAAGUUGAACGGCAGGAUGGGGGAAUCACGGAUGUUAUGAGAGUAAAUAUAUUGAGCAUAAUAGGUACUUCAAUUGAUACACAUGGGACAUCACAAAUGUUCAAGAUUGCCGAUGAAGUUAGGGGUUGGCUUGAUGCAACUUAUGGAAACACAUGGGGUGUAGCCAUUGGUGAGACAAGCAAAUAUGAAUGCGCUUUUAUUCCUUAUGGUGGCAAGUUUUUGCGACUCAAAGAAACAAAGUUAGGAUGGACUAUUAAAAUUUAUCAACAAUGUCCAAAUCAAUAA